GUGUUAUAUCGGCUUCAUGCACCUCAAACGUUUGUUUGUGGACCGCCAUUAUACGCAUAGAAGAAGGUUUGGUGUAACGUUAACGUGUGUCGUCGUCCUAGUAGCAGUGAGGCUCUGCGUUAACAUAAAUAUGGUGAAGAUCUUUAUUGGAAACCUCCCUAACGAGGUCGAAAAGGAUGAGAUUGAGGCCCUGUUUACUGAACAUGGCACAGUGACAGAAUGUGCAAAGUUCAAAAAUUACGCCUUUGUCCACAUGGAUGACCGCAAGUCUGCAACGAAAGCCAUCCGCAGCCUGCACCUCUUCAAGCUUCAUGGCAGGCCAAUCAAUGUGGAGCCGAGCAGGGGGAAGAACCAGGGUCCAGUGAAACUUCAUGUGGCCAAUGUGGAGAAAGGCAACGGCGAUGAGCUCCGCACUCUGUUCGAGGAGUAUGGAACAGUGACAGAAUGUGCCAUCAUAAAAAAUUUCGCAUUCAUUCACAUGUCCAACUCAGAUGAGGCCAAGGAUGCCAUAAAGGGAUUAGACAACACUGACUUCCAAGGCAAACGGAUUCACGUUCAGAUGUCAAAAAGCCGUCCCAGAGGGGAGGAAGAGGAUUACGGCCCCCCACCAGAUAGGGGUGGAUACUGGCCACCACCCCGUGGCUACCCUGGGGACAGGGGUAUGCGUGAGCCCCCGCAUUACAGAGGUCGCAUGUCAGGGGGUUACCCUGGACCCCCUCCACCACCACCUCCCCCUAGACGAGCCCCUUACCUCCCAGAGCGUGCUUAUGAGCGUGAGAGGGAAAGCUACGGGGUGGUCGAUUACUAUGAGAAGUACAGAGCGCGCCCUGCCCCUUACGGUGGCCUUUCAGGCUAUGGAGAUGAAAGGCGUGUUGGCGCCAUACCCCCUCCACCACCACCCCCUUCUGCCAUGGUUAGGGAGCGCCUUGGGGCCUCCUCCCUCAACCCGUACGAGCGUCGCCCCCUCCCUCCUCCGUCCUCCUACUAUGCCCGUGAUCGCAGUCCCAUCAGAAGACCCCCUCCCCCCAUGCCCCCCGCAGGUAACGGCUACUCCUAUGAGCGCUCUCGGCUCUCUCCUCUGUCCAGGCCAGCGAUGUACAGCGUACCACGUACCAGAGACCCCUAUGCUGAGAGGGUGCCUCUGGCCCCUCCUGCCCGCUACUCGUAUUGAACGCACACUGGUGCUUGACUCAAGGGUUAAAUUAUCCGACAAGAUCGUCGUCUCCUGAUGCACGUGGCACUAUACCCCCCCUUCGUCUGUGGCGUUGCGUUCACCUGCGACUUACUGGAAGAUACUCUAUUGCUUGCGGGCACCCAUACAAAAAAAUACGCUUUUGUCUACGGUUUCGUCCUCUUUCUUGAACUGUUUUACAUUUGUUCUGCUUGAUUUUAUUGUUCGAGGUUCAUAAGAUGUUUUGGGGCAAAGGAUAAAGGCAGAGGGGGUUACUGUAUUUUUGAGGUGUUAUUCUAUUUUGAAAUGACGCAGUACUCCUAAGGGCUCUAUGUUGGCCUAAGACCUAACAUAAAAUUUCUUCCUUCAUAAAAUCAUUUUCAUGGAUACAAACCCUCUAAACUGUGAUAUUCAUGAAGGGACUAUUUGAAUGUUAAUUAAAUAGCAAUCCAUGUAAUUUUGGUAAACAUGAAUGUUACGAAGAUUCUGCAGAUGUCUUUUUCAGAGCUGUAUCUAGCUUCAGUUUGAUUAAUAAACCACACUCUCAUUUGCAUAAUCAGUCCAACAACGUGUUAGUGUAAUAUCGCUUUAACUGGUGUGAUCUUGGUUUUGGGUGGUACUUACCAGUAUUCAAGACGUUUUGCGACGCAACUGUUAGCGUAGUGAUUUAACUACCUAUGCAAAUUUGAUUUGUUAGACAUUUUGUGUUCAAUUAUAUGCCGAUUUACAUACCUAGAUACCCCAAAGCUGCGUUUUAUGUAUGGUUUUCUUUUCUUUACAGAUGCCAUUUUUGAUUUCAAAGCUUUUUAAUAAACAGAUUUGAACUAUCGUCA